AUAAAUGGCAAAACUUGUUAUUGAGCCUAAGACUGCAAGACUUUACAGAGAUACUGAGAUGUUUGGAAAAAUGGACCCAUUCAUCAAGUUCAAAUGUGGCAGUCAAAAGAAGAAGACCAAAACACAUAACUCUGGAGGUAAGAAUCCAAGAUGGAAUGAUGUUAUUACGAUGGGAUGCUUUGGAUGCAAGAGUCUGACCAUAACUGUGUAUGAUGAAGAUACAUUUAGUAAUGAUAAAGUAGGAACCUAUACUUUACCAAUAUCUGAAAUCCAAGCUCAAGGAAUAUAUAAAGACUGGAUCAAGCUCAUGUAUAAAGGAAAAGUAGCAGGAGAACUUUAUCUUGAAAUUACUUAUAUGGAUAAAACCCCAGGAGGUAGUUCAGUGGGAGGAGCUCCAGCAAUGUAUGCUCCAUUUCCAGGAAGUGCUGGAAUGUAUGCACCCCCUCCUGGAGGUGCAGGAAUGUAUGCUCCACCUCCUGGAAGUGCUGGAAUGUAUGCUCCUUCUCCUGCACCUGCAACAGCCCCAACUUAUCAUGCUCCUCCUGGGGCUCCAACAUAUUAUCCACCUCCAAGUGCCGGGUCAAUAGCUCCUCCAGCUACAGCUCCUACCCCACCCUCAUUCUCUACUGCACCUCCAGCCUUCCCAGCAGCUCCAGGAUACUCAGCAGGAUAUCCAGGAGGAUAUUCUCCUGCACCUUCUACGGCUCCAGCUUCUGGACACCUCCCACCUUCCCACGUCUCUGGUUACGCUUCAUCACCAAGUGCUCCUAUUCAAACAAUGCCCUCAAGUGAAGCACCUGCAGAGUCAAAUUACUCCUACAGUGCUUUACCAACAACUGGCCCGCACUCUAGUGCUCCAAUUCCUGCAGAGCCAAUGACCCAGGCACCCCCAGCCACAGGAUAUCCAAGCAUAACCCCCACUGUAUACACAGCCGCACCUACUCCUGCGCCAGCACCUACAUUCCACAGUCCUCAUUAUCCAAGCCAGUAAAUACCCAGCCUAGAUCACAAGAGACUCUCCUCAGCCAAGCAGGUUGGCUGAC